GUCUCGCUAAUAUCCGAUAUUCACUGACCCAACACCGUCUGUUGCGGAGAGCGCUCGCCUGAUGUCGAUGUAUCCACAGAGAGCAGCGCUCCAGCGCAGCAAACCAACAACAUGUCACGCCGAAAGCAAGCGAAGCCCCAGCACCUUAUGUCGGAAAAGACGGCGCUCACGCAAGUUUCCUCAGAUGAAGGCAUCUUGAGAGGAUCGGAUCAGGAGAACAGAGAGAACUACGGUGGCCAUGAAGGGACACAUGCUUCUGAAAGUUCCCCUAAGGAGUUACCGUCGUGGCCUCACAUGUGUGAGCAUCAUAUGACAGGCACUGAAGAGUCUCCUACCCUCAUCAUGCAAGAGCACAUGGAAACACCUCUAUCCUUGGAACCCCCACCACAGAUUUCCAACAGCAUCACCGAUACGGCAGACAACAUGGAUGCAACUGAACCCAAAUGGACUGAGCAGAUCCAGCAGAACUCAAUGGACCCUGUGCAGAGCACUAAGGGAAAGGUUGACAACCGCAUGGAUGUGGUUCUGGAACCAGAAUUUCAAACGUAUCCCGAGGCACAGAAGUGUCCAUAUUUGUCCGUUCCUGAGGUGGCCGGUCCUCUGGUACAGCCUCCUUCCACCAUGGUAUGCUACGGUGCGCCCAGCACCAAUGUAACUCUAGAGAUCCUGCAGAGCACCAGGGUGGCUGUGGCCCAGUUCUCCCAGAGGGUCCACUCUGAGAGUCUCCGAGGCGGGGAGAGUGCUGCCCCGCUCCCCAUCAUUUUGGAUCGCUUAUUGGACCUGCAGCGGCAGCAGAUCCAACAGCUGCAGCUCAUCGAACAGAUCCGCAAUCAAGUGGCCAUGUUGAACAAGCAGCCCAUGCAGACAGCACAGAAUCUGACUUCCAAAGGACUUUCCUCAACGUCUGGUCCUCACCAGUUGCAGGCAAUGCUGACCCAACCCAUGUUCCCCCUCUUGGGACUGCUGCCCCCCAAUGCAAAUGGACAAGUGUCUGGGGUGGAGACAGCUGCCUCGUCACUCUCCUUACAUCCUAAGACUGGACAGUCAGACAGUGCCAUCAGAUCCAUGGUCUCAUUGCCCAGUUCUAACCACUUGUCAUCUGUUCUAAGUAUGGCUUCCUCUGCCUUGCCUCCAUACAGUGGUAGCACAACACCUGUCACUGGAAGUCAGACAAAUGGCUCUUCAGUUGUGCACUCUGUGGAACCAAACAAUGUCCAGACUAGUCAUCAGUCCUCCAGCCUUCCUUUGCUCCCUCUGAGCCCACCUGGAGGCAUCAUUUUCCCCAACCCCUUGGCUAGCAUAAUGGCCACGACCAAUGCACUGGAUCCCCUGAGCGCUCUUAUGAAACAGCGAAAAGGCAAGCUCUCCAAUGUCUCCAUAUUCGAUAGCAAGCCGAGCUCAGAUGACUCCUUCUUCAAGCACAGGUGUAGGUUCUGUGCCAAGGUGUUUGGCAGCGACAGUGCCCUGCAGAUCCACUUGCGUUCCCACACAGGGGAGAGGCCAUUCAAAUGCAACAUAUGUGGAAACCGCUUCUCCACCAAGGGAAACCUGAAAGUCCACUUCCAGCGGCACAAAGAUAAAUACCCCCAUGUUCAGAUGAACCCUUACCCCGUGCCCGAAUACUUGGACAACAUCCCUACAAGCUCUGGGCUUCCUUAUGGGAUGUCCCUUCUUCCAGACAAAGCACUGAGCACAUGGCCAGACAGCAGGCCUUUAAUAGCAUCUGGCCACGUGUCUGCUGGUCUUCAUCUUCCCUCAACUUUUAAUGGUGCAGAAAGGUCCACUGAUUCUCUGAGUAAUGCUUCCUCAGCAGGAUCUCCUCUAAAAGCCUCCAGUGCCCCAAGUGAAUAUACCUCUUUGUCUCCUAAUCCUACUGAAUCAAGGAAACCUGUGGAUACAGUGUCCACACCAUGUAGUCAGGUGGGAGAGGUUUCCUCAAUCUACUUGACUGGGGCAGCUGAAAGAUUUACCUCUCAAAAUGGCCUUCCAACACAAAAUGCAAAUAUGACUACAGUGUCUUCAGAAUCUUCUUCCAUUCAAUCCACUUCACCCAGGUCUUCCUUACAAUCCUGCAACUCAGAUCAGCCGUACAGCAAACUUCAAAUGGACGUAGAUCCCAUGGAAACCUCAGAAACCUCCAAGCUGCAGCAGCUAGUGGAAAACAUUGAUAAAAAAGUGUCAGAUCCCAACGAGUGUGUGAUAUGCCACCGAGUGCUCAGUUGUCACAGUGCUCUGAAGAUGCACUACCGCAUUCACACAGGUGAGAGACCGUUCAAGUGUAAAGUGUGUGGCCGAGCGUUCUCCACCAAGGGGAACCUGAAGACUCACUUUGGGGUCCACCGUGCCAAGCCUCCACUCUGGGUACAGCAUUCUUGUCCGAUAUGCCAGAAGAAGUUCACAAAUGCUAUUGUGCUGCAGCAACACAUUCGCAUGCAUAUGGUGGGCCAUAUACCAAAUGUGCCUCCAACAGAUGCUCACCAGGAAAUGGAUACAGAUCUUUCCUACGAUGAAAACAGCUUUGACAGCAUGAUUAACUAUGAUGUGGAUGGUCGAUAUGAUGACUCCAUUGAGGUGGAAGAUGAAAACAGUGAGGAGGAUGGAAAUCUUGAUGUACACAUAAACUCUGGCCCUCUGGGCCAUAUUAUGUCAGGCCUAUCUGAGACGGAAACACAAAUGACAGUGACUGACACAACAGCCAAGACAGAGCUUACAUGUCAGGCCGCAAUGUUGAAAAACGGACCUGUGGGCCGUGGAUACCUGACCAACAGUUGCUCAGCCUUAGACGAGACGGAGAAACAUUGUAUGCUUGGAACUGAAUUCUUAGAUUCCACGGAUGUCUCUUUAUCUCCGCUCCACAAUGAUGCUAACCCAGAAGACAGCAACAAAUCACCUCAAAGGACUUUUGUCACAGAUAGAGGUGAUUCACCCAGCCUUGCUGCUGCUCAGAAUGGUACACGUAGCAGUAAUGCUGAAAAUGGCAUAACUAUUGUGAAAGAGGAGACUCUAAAUGAUAAGCUUUGUUCAAGCAAGGAACUCGGAAUAAUCCCUUGUUGCAUCAGUCCAUCAAAUAGCACCACACAGAGCAACAUGGAGCUCCCUGGGACCAACAGGUCAUCACCCAUUAGGAGAGAAAUACCCAGCAUGCACAACGGUCCCCAGGCCCAGGUAUUCACACCCUCCCUGGCCAAGCUUGAGGUCUCACCUCUCCUAGGAGCCCCUCAACCACUCCGCACCCCAAAACAACACAUUUGCCUGACGUGUGGGAAAACAUUUUCGUCAGCGAGCGCACUACAGAUUCAUGAGCGAACACACACUGGAGAGAAGCCGUUCAGCUGCUCUGUCUGUGGUCGAGCUUUUACCACAAAAGGGAAUCUCAAGGUUCACAUGGGCACCCACAUGUGGAAUAACAUGCCUGCCCGGAGAGGACGGCGCCUGUCUCUGGACAACCCAGUAGCCUUGCUGGGAUCAGACGCUCUCAAGUUAACAGAGGGGUUUCAGAAGGACAUGGCAGCAAGGGCCAUGAGUGUGGACCCCGGCUUCUGGAACCACUACGCGGCAGCUAUCACCAAUAGUGUGGCUAUGAAGAGCAAUGAGAUUUCUGUCAUUCACAAUGGUGGCGCUCCGAACCACCAUGGGAUGUCUGUGGGCUUGGACAGGGUGAAUUCAGGACUCAGUCCACCAAUGACUAACUUUGGGAAAAAGAAUAAUGACAGCCCUGUAAGCCAGCACUUCUCAAUGCUUAUAGACAAUAGCAAAGAAAAUUGUAUCAAUUAG